CCCAACCCCACCCACUCCUUAAUAUUCCUUAUUUCUUCUUCUUCUUGGAACACAAUCACUAGAAACUCUUGGAGUUAAAAACCUCUAAUCACUACUAACUUGCUUCAAUCUUGACCACUUCUAAAAAGCUCUUAGCAGAUCCGAAUCUUAGCAACACAAAAUUCGAUCUCGGUUUCAUCAAAGAUUGAAGAAAAGAAUAAUGGACAAGUUUGUUCAACCAUAUGAUAAAGAAUGCAUGAAGAUGGCUUUGUUAAAGCAUGAAGAAACCUUCAAAGAGCAGGUAUAUGAGCUACAUAGACUGUAUCAAAUCCAGAAGAUGCUGAUGAAGAACUUGCAAAGCAGCAGACAUAAUCAUCAAGAAAACAUUUCCUUCAACAAUUACCAACAGAAGAACAAGAUUGAUUUGGAACAGCCAGCAACAACUAAAGGGCAUGAUCAUGUUACACAGACAUUAGUAGAUGAUCAAGAAAUUGAAGAAGAUGAAUGUGAAAUCGAGCUCACGUUGGCCCCAACAAGUUUUAACCGGAGGCGAAGAAGCACCAAGGAUAAGCCCGAAUCAUCAGACUCCGUACCGAGUUUUUCAUCGUCUUCAACGGGGUCGAGUAACAUAAACAAAGCGGAUAGAAUUACAAGAGAGAAUUCAAGUUUUUUGAGUGGCAACAGAAGAAACAAUAAUACUUCAGAUGUAUCACUCAAACACCCUCCAUGGAUGUAUCAGGUUCUAAGUUUAAACAUGACUUGAUAUCAAACAAAGAAGAAGAAGUUGAAUUCAAGAAAAUGUUUGGUAUAUUACAAGAUCUUUGAUUUUUAGGGUUUUAAAUUAAAGUUUCUAUUUAUGAACCGACUUGCUUGUUUGUGUGAAGUUCUAGCUUUCUUUCUUUCUUUCUUUUUUAUUUCCAUGAGUUGAGUUUAGGCUUUUAGAACUUAGAAGGUAUCUUUUCUUUAUCAUCUCAUGCUACUAUAACUUGUACCUGAUGCAUUAAGACAUGUACAUUGACUGAUUUGGCUUUUUGCAAUUAUGGUUGUCCCUCUA